CUGGUUACACCGAGUUGAACGAGCGCGCCAUGUCUAGCAGCUUCAUCCCCAAUUUGACAACAACCUCUGCGAAAACAGAAGAGGUGAUGGAGGAGUUAGAGAAAACACGGUCCCGGCUCUGUGAGCAGUUUGGUACCGUCACCGGGUCGGACAGCGCUGUGGCUCAGUGUUACCUCGCUGAAAACGACUGGGAUAUGGAGAGAGCCUUAAACUCUUUCUUCGAAGCGGACAUGGAGUCGGUUUUUGAUGUCGAGGACACGGAUGAGGAAAAUAACAGACCUUCGAGUAAGAGAAAGGAGACAGAUAGAGAUGCUCCGGAGUCAAAAAGGAAGAUGAACUCCAAACCCGCAGAUUGUAUCGACUUGACUGAGGAUGAGCCUGCUUGCUCUAAGUCCAAAGACAGUUCGGAGGAAGAAGGUGACCGCAAGCUCUCGCUCAUCUCCUGGAACGUGGAUGGAUUAGAUACUCUGAACAUCCAGGAACGAGCCAGAGGCCUGUGCUCUUAUCUGGCACUAUACACACCAGACGUGGUUUUCCUACAAGAACUCAUCCCUCAGUACCUUCAGUAUCUUAAGAAGCGAGUAGUCACCUACCAGAUUGUUGAAGGAAACGAAGAUGGAUACUUCACUGCCAUGUUGCUGAAGAAGUCAAGAGUAAAACUGCAAAGUAGUGAAAUCAUUCCUUACCCAACCACACAGAUGAUGAGAAAUCUGUUGUGUGCCAAAGUAACAUUUUUAGGUCAGGAGCUCUGCUUGAUGACCUCACACUUGGAAAGCUGUAAAGAUCAGGCUGCAGAGAGGAUGAAGCAGCUGAAGGUGGUGUUGCAGAACAUAAAGGAGGAGCCGGAUAACGUGACAGUCAUAUUUGGAGGGGACACCAAUCUUCGAGACUCUGAGGUAGUACAGGUAGGUGGUCUCCCUCCUGGCGUGAUGGACGUGUGGGAGGAGCUCGGGAAAGAGGAGCACUGCAGAUACACAUGGGACACUAAAAUGAACAACAACAAAGGCGUGUCGUAUACAAGCAGGUGUCGCUUUGACCGUAUCUACUUGAGACCUGGCAAAACAGGGGCUAAAGUGAGUCCGGAGCACAUGGUCCUGGUCGGGAUGGAGAAGCUGGACUGUGGCCGCUACACCAGCGAUCACUGGGGAAUCUACUGCAGUUUUACCAGUUCAGCUUGGAGUGUAUGAUGUUGCUCAAUCACAGUUUUGGAAGAAGUCUAAACAUGCUUGGGAGAUUUUAAGCAAGAAGAUUACGAUUUUCCCUUCAGCUUGACCCGAGGAUAAUGCAUGGGUGUUAAAUUCCAGUCUGACUGCUUGAUUUUAUCUGCUUUUGUGAUGAAACAAACAAUUUUAAGUGGCCAUAGACCUGUCCAAAAGAAAAAUCUGACCCAUAAUUUAGGAGGGAAAAUUAGCGUUUAGCAGUCACACUACCUCUUUCAUCUAGAUCAUUUAUUACACUUAAAUCUAAGCCUAACAACAGGCAUAAUUACACACUGAUGAUUUAAUGUUAAUUGUUUUUUUUCUCUAGAGAACUAUGAUGGUAUAAAAAUAAUUCUACAUGUGCCUGUUUUAUUGUUCAGAGCCUUUAUUCUUGUGUAUAUAUUUGCAUAAACAAUAAACUAAAUGUGUCUGAUUUAUUUAAGCCUUAUAGAGACAUUAUCUGCAUAGAUCAGCUGUCCUUCCUUAUACCACACUGCUGGUUAGUUUUCAGUCUGACUGGUACUGACAGAAACUGAACAGUAAUUUUCUACAAGGAUUAUAUUAAUGAACUUGUUUUUUUGUACUUGUAUGGUGGAAAUGUAGAAGUGUUAGAGCUGUGUAGCAGUCAAACAAAGCUGUAGGUUUUCCAACACAGAAAUCUUCAGGGUUGACUUUUUGGUUUUUCUCAGGAAUGGGAAUCUGUGGCAUUGGGAUUUUGUCUAAUAAAGAGGGGGAAAAAAGUGAGACCGGUGAAGUAAUUACUGAUUUACUUCGAUCAGGUAUAACAUUAUGAGCAGUGAGAGGUGAAGUGAAUAAGACUGAUGAUCUCCUCAUCAUGGCACCUGUUAGUGGGUGGGAUAUAUUAGGCAGCAAGUGAACAUUUUGU